CCAACGCGCAGACAGCCGGCGGAGCGAGCGGGCCAGCGAUCGGGUGAGCGGGCGGCCGGGGCUCUUGGGCCCGGGGCGGGGUCGGCGCGGAGCAGCGGCGGGGAGCUCGUGCGGAGAACCGGCGGGGCGGCCCGGCCCGGCCCCGCACCCGCGCCCAUGACGGCGGCCGUGCUCCGGGAGGGCGUGCUGGAGAAGCGCAGUGGCGGGCUGCUGCAGUUGUGGAAGCGCAAGCGUUGCGUGCUCACCGAGCGCGGGCUGCAGCUCUUCGAGGCCAAGGGCGCGGGCGGCCGUCCCAAGGAGCUGAGCUUCGCCCGCAUCAAGGCGGUGGAGUGCGUGGAGAGCACGGGGCGCCACAUCUACUUCACGCUGGUGACCGAGGGCGGCGGCGAGAUCGACUUCCGCUGCCCACUCGAGGACCCCGGCUGGAACGCGCAGAUCACCCUGGGCCUGGUCAAGUUCAAGAACCAGCAGGCUAUCCAGACGGUGCGCGCGCGGCAGAGCCUGGGGGCCGGGACCCUGGUGUCCUAAGCCGCGGGCAAACGUCUCCGCUCCACGCGGCCCAUUGACGCAGCGCGGAGGUGGUGUCAGCCCCCUGCCUCUCCAGCUUUUGGGGGCCGACUGCCCCAUCGGGCAGGGUGGAAGCCAUGGACGCGUGGAAGAGGCGUGGGAACCUAAGCCUUGCCGGGCCUGGGAGGAGGGCAGAUGGCCCCGUGGGGCUGAGGAUGAAGAUUCAGCCCCUGGAGAUGCAGACUCUCGGGAUGGACCAGCUCAGGCCUUGCAGCCACCCGCCUGGCCUCCGAGAUGGUGACGGGAGCUGGCAUCACAGACCCCUCCCGCCAUGCCCUGCCAUCUGUCCUGCGGACUGCUCUUGGUCCCCGGGUUUGGGCCGUGCCUGGAGGAAGGCAGACCCCCGGGGGCGCUCAGCCAGCGCCUCAGGACUCAGGAGGCCAGCCUGACGCUCAGAAGAGGAAACUCCCCACCCCAACUCCCCUCUGGAUUCACUUUGGCGGGGGUCGCUGAUGGGCCUGCGGCCCACGCUUGGGGGUCGUCUGCUGCUUGGGUCCUUCUGGGACCCCCACCCAUUCAGGCCUCUCUUUGCACAGUUCUUCCCCCUCCCGCCCAUCUUCCCCCCACUGCAGUGCUAGGCCUGGAGGUGGUGGGGGUGGGCGGGGGUUCAGCCAUUACCAUUUCAUUACCAUUUCAUGCCUAUCCCAACCCGCCGCUCUGCCUGCAAAGGCAGCGCUCACACUGUUCACUGAAUGAAAUUCUUUGCCCACAAA